AUGGAGCUCGAGGUCAUGAGUACGCAUACCAGCCCAGUGAACCCGGCUGUCUUCCCUCACCUGACUGCAGUACUUCUGGCCAUCGGCAUGUUCUUCACCUCCUGGUUCUUCGUUUACGAGGUCACCUCUACCAAGUACACGCGCGACAUUUACAAAGAGCUCCUCAUCUCCUUGGUGGCCUCACUCUUCAUGGGCUUCGGAGUCCUCUUCCUCCCGCUCUGGGUUAGCGUCUGCGUAUGA